AUGGCCACAUUCUUCUACAUAGCCUUGUUCCUUUUCUUUUUUCCUUCCAUUGAUUCAGUUAACUUCCAAAAAACCCGCUUUGACCCAUCUGAUACAAACAUGGUAUACCAAGGAGAUGCCUUACCUACAGUUGGAGCUGUUGAACUAAUCAAUAAAGUUAGAUAUACCUGCCGAGUUGGCUGGGCAACAUAUGCCGAGAAAGUGCCGCUUUGGGAUUCCGGCGACCCCAAAAAGGUAGCCGAUUUUACUACUCACUUCUCCUUCUCCAUCACAAUGGAAGGCUCACAAUACGGCCAUGGACUCGUCUUUUUCCUUGCUCCUGUUGGAUUCGAAAUGGUACCCAAUUCGAGUGGUGGAUUUUUAGGCCUUUUCAACACCACAACGAGUGAUUCCUCCCAGAACCAAUUAGUAAUGGUUGAGUUCGAUUCUUUCUCCAACCCGGAAUGGGAUCCUCCAUUUGAGCAUGUCGGAAUCAACAACAACUCCAUUCACUCGGCUGUUUCCACCCCUUGGAAUGCUAGUUUGCAUAGUGGGGAUAACGCUGAUGUUUGGAUUUCUUACAACGCUUCGACCAAGAAUUUGAGUGUUCAUUGGAGUUACCAAAGUACUUCAACUUCUAAAGAGAACACUAGUCUCUCUUACCAAGUUGAUUUGAAGCAAGUUUUGCCUUCUUGGGUAAUGGUUGGAUUCUCGGCUGCUACAGGAAUCUAUGGAGAAAGAACUGUUCUUAAUUCAUGGGAAUUCAGUUCAAGUUUGGAUAUAAAAGAAGUCAAAGAAGAUGAUGCGAAAAAGGUGAGACUAAUAGUUGGAUUCACAGUUUCAAGUGGGGUUUUGAUAGUUGGUUUGAUUGUGUCACUUCUAUUGUUUUGGAGAUUGAAACAAAAGAAGAAGGAGGAGAAAGAAAAGGCGGCAAAUUUAGCGUCAAUAAACAAUGAUGACCUUGAAAGAGGAGCAGGGCCAAAAAGGUUUUCAUACAAAGAUCUUGCUUCAGCAACCAAUAACUUCUCGGACGAAAGGAAAUUAGGUGAGGGAGGUUUUGGUGCUGUUUAUAGAGGCUACUUACCAGACUUAGAUGCCUUAGUUGCAGUGAAGAAAAUUUCAAGAGGGUCUAGGCAGGGGAAAAAGGAAUACCUAACAGAAGUGAAGAUCAUCAGCCAGCUGAGGCACCGGAAUUUGGUGCAACUCAUUGGAUGGUGCCAUGACAGGAAUGAGUUUCUUCUUGUUUACGAGUUUAUGCCAAAUGGUAGCCUUGACUCUCACCUCUUUGGCAAGAGAACUCCUGUUGCUUGGGCUGUAAGGUACAAGAUUUCUCUUGGUUUAGCCUCUGCUCUACUCUAUCUUCAUGAAGAAUGGGAGCGCUGUGUGGUUCACCGAGAUAUCAAAUCAAGCAAUAUCAUGUUAGACUCCAACUUCAACGUCAAGCUUGGCGAUUUUGGGCUAGCUCGGCUCAUGGAUCAUGAGCUUGGUCCCCAAACAACAGGGUUGGUUGGAACAUUAGGUUACUUGGCUCCCGAAUAUAUAAGCACAGGGAGAGCUAGUAAAGAGUCUGAUGUGUAUAGCUUUGGGGUGGUGGCCUUGGAGAUUGCCACAGGAAGGAAAGCAGUGAGUCAUAUGGAGAAAGAUGAUGAGAUGGGUAGUUUGGUUGAAUGGGUUUGGAAUCUUUAUGGGAAGGGAAAGCUUAUAACAGCUGUAGAUGAGAAAAUGGGAAAAGAAUUCGACCAAAAACAGGUCGAGUGUUUGAUGUUAAUCGGUUUAUGGUGUGCUCACCCUGAUCGGAGCUUCAGGCCAUCCAUCAAACAAGCCAUUCAAGUUCUCAACUUUGAGGCCACAUGGCCUAAUCUUCCGACGAGUAUGCCUGUCCCUACUUAUCAUAUCCCUAAUAAUUCCACGCCCUCGGUCAGCUCCGGUGACCCUUUCAUAAGUACAAGCAUUGAAGCAGGCCGCUAA